CGUGUUCCUUGCCUUCAGCCAUCAUCGCAGUCGUUGGUCACUAUCCCUCAGCGCCCUUCUGUCCUUUCAAUGUCGCCCUGAUCUAUUCUGUCUUCCUGUACUUCAUUUACUUUAUCUCUCUAUCUGUGUCACCGCUCUCAAAUCUUACCUUGCAAUUUCUCCCUUUCCCUUCCAAUGACGGAUUCCGGUACAUCUCGAAGACAGCCCCCCAGUCCUCUCGUUUUCUCUCCAGAAUCUGUCCUGUCGCCUCCCACAGCUCCCGGUCUCAACGCCAGCACGAGCAACGGGACAGGCGGUCCCAACACCGUCUCCAUGCCCUUCGUACGCCGGCAUGUGACCCGCCGUCUCAAGGCUGCCAAGGCGGAGUGCGACAAGGAAUUGCAACGAAUCACGAACAAUAUCACUGCGUUUUUCGAGGAGAGACUUAGAGAGGCGGAUCAUGAAACAGACUACAGAGACAGAGAUUCUCAGCAAGGGGACUAUGAUUCUUACUUCCAUCCCGCUGAUCUUCGUUCUGAUUUUCAGACGGAUGAAUCUAGCUCAGAUGGUGGCUACGAGGCCGAGAUGGAGUAUGGUGGUCGACAUAGCCGUCAACGUGCGUAUCCAGCCGAAGACUUCAUAUCUGCACCUCCGUUGAUGCAUUCAUCUUCCUUGUCUGGCCUUUCUACAGCUUCUACCUCUUCAGUAAGUCCAGGAUCCUUACGGCAGAACAUGUCCUGGGAGAACAGGCCUCUCAGUUCGUCAGUUUCCUCAAGCGGGCUUGCAUCUAGUCCGGCGAACUCGACGAUCGUUCUUCCCGACGCUCCUCUAACUCGCAAGCCCACUACUUCCUCAGCCGGAUCGUCCUCAUGGGCAGCUCAACCAACUCCUUCACGCCGACUCUCUCGCACGAUUCAUAUUCCUACUCGUCCUACUCGUUCCGGUCAAAGCUCUCGUUCCACGUCCCGGUCUCGUUCCCCUUUACCAAACCUCCAAACGCACACUUCAUUUGCUGACUAUGGCUCUUCCUCUACUAACAGACGCUCAUCACGAAUUAUUGUUGACGACCCAGUUGAUCCAAUUAUGACCGCGCUGUAUGAAAUUAUUGCCGUCGCGACCGAUGUUACCGAAAUGUCUAUUGCCCAACUUACGGCACAACCAAAAGCCUGUGAAAGUCUCGUGCAAAGGGUUCAAAAUAUUGGUAGGGCAUGGGAUGAUCAUCCUGACUGGCAUGGCAGAAAUUGGUAUGUACAGGUGCUGCUCGCUAUCGCUGGGCUUAGCCGGGUCGUGGAGUGGUGGGAGGCUGAAAAGCAGUUCUGGAAUUUUGACGACGACGACGAGCUGGAUGAGCCACUGACGUUCGUGAUGAAACCAGCUGACGAUUAUCCCCCUGCACCAACACCAACUGUCAAACGAGAUAUGGAGCUGGAGGGUUUCAAACUCAACCCUGAAGGUGAAGGCAAGCUUCGGUCAUCGAGACCUGCCAGUCAAAUUCGGAGAUCCAGAGACGAGCAGACAAAGGACUUGGCGUUUUUUAGUUCGAAUGAAGCGGCCGAUGCGCACUCUCGAACCCCUUCCAAAGUCCAAGAAAACACAGAAUCGGCGAGGGUUUUGGCGACAGAGAGGCUGCGGUUACAAGCGGAGACAGCGCAGAACCAGAACAUAGUUAUGGAGCUGAGCCUGGAUGGUGAUCACUUUAUUUGGAUCAAUUAUGCAUGGAGUAUUGUUGUCGGCACGGAUCCAGAGGGCUUGUUUGGAACCCGCAUUUCGGUUUUGAUACAUCCUGCGGAUGCUUAUGUUUUCUCGACGGCCACCCAACGCCUCCUCGAGGAUGAUUCCCACACUGUUGAAGCUCAGUUCCGUCUUCGAGUUGAUCGUGACGAUGAUAGGAUCCCUCCCAGCGGUCAAACACUGUAUCAGAAAAUGGAAGGGAAAGGGAUGCUUAUGAUCGACCGCGAUAUUGGAGAGCCAUCUUACACGAUGUGGGUUGUCAAGCCUAUCGCUCCUCCUCGAUACGAGCAUGAUUCUCCAGCUAUCACUCUCAUUGCAGCAGGAGAUAUAGAAUUUGACGACUUGCCAUCGUCAACAGGCCUGGAGACGCCAGCACCUCAGGAAACGGAAUCGAAUGCCAACGAUCUCGAAAGCCCUUUUCCCUUCAGCCAGCCUAUCAGCACAGAUCCCAUUCUUUGCCGCAUUUGUGAAUGCCAGAUACCCCAGUGGUAUUUCGAAAAACACAGCGAGACAUGUGCAGAGACGCACCGACUGGAAGCCGAGAUUUCCGAGUGCAACGAGUCGAUUGCAGAGCUCAGAAAUACCAUCCGAGAUCUAGGUGCGACCUUUGACCGGGACUCGCCUUCAUCCACUCCUUAUUAUCGAGGGAAAGCCGUCUUCUCUCCUUCAACUUCUCCCCUCAUAUCAGCACCCUUACAGCUUUUCCGUGCCAAUAAGCUGCAGAAGAUGGGCGUAAAGAAGAUGCAGAGGAGGUUGUUGGAUCAGCUGGAGGACAUUUUGCAGGUAGCUUCUGAGGUUUCUAUGCCCUCUCUUAAGGAAGAGGAAGCUAAGGAGCCGAUAGAGCGGCAACGAUUACUGUCGCCGGGAUCGGAGAGGAAGAUGUCGCAGGUGAAGAAUUGGUCUAAACCUAUGACCGAAGACAGUGCCUUGGGCAUGUUGGUCCAGGAUGCAGAGAGAGUUAUGAGGCAAAAGAUUGAUAAUGUCGUGAGGAUGCAGAAUAUCAUACGAUAUGCGGAAAAGAUCUGGCAUGAAGCAGAGGAGAAGGUCGGAGCUUAUAUGGCAUCCUUCGAGAGUGACAGUAGCGGGAGCGGUGGCGGAAGUUCCACCAGCGAUGGCGAAGGCGAAGAUGAAGACGGCUUGGAGAACCAAGUACGUGAUCUUGUGAUAUCUACUCGUGGUGGACAGCGAGAGGCAGAAGACGAUCACUCGAGCACAACGUCUGAGUAUGCAUUCCUUGGUGGGGAUAAUAACCAUUCAUCUCCAGAUCCAACGCCCAUGGCAUCCACAUCACCUAUUCCUUUAGCGACUCCCCCCGAAAGCCGACCUGGCUCAGUGCCUAUGCCGCCACCCCUCCCUCCUCGUCAGAUUUUACACACGCGAUCUUCUACACCUUCUUCUAUAUCUUCCCCUCUGGCUUUGGCUGCCCCCAUUGUUGCACAAUCUCUAGAAGAAUUGGUACCCACUAUGGAGCUCGAUCCUGGCCCUCUUACGAUUCAAACGCGUAAAUCAUCUCAGAGCCUGCUGGAGCCUCGUCUUGUUGUUACUCCCCCUGCAUCACCUCAAGUCACCGCCAAAGAUGGUCUUGGUCGAGAACGCUCCAUGAAGCGUGGGCAUCGCCGUCAUUCUACUGUAAAUCAUUCCUCGAGUUCUUCGGGUCCGAUAUCUCCUCGACAGCCAUCGGUUGCCCCUCUGUCUCGGACUUCCCCGGCAUCCAUCAAGGAUUUCGACAUCAUCAAGCCUAUCAGUAAAGGUGCCUUUGGCUCCGUUUUUUUGGCUAAGAAGAAAGUCACAGGUGACUACUAUGCGAUCAAAGUGCUCAAGAAGGCAGAUAUGAUUGCAAAGAAUCAAAUUACGAAUGUGAAAGCUGAAAGGAUGAUUCUUAUGAAACAAGCGGAAUCACCGUUCGUUGCCAAGUUAUACUUCACGUUCCAGAGCAAAGAAAACCUGUAUCUUGUCAUGGAGUACCUGAAUGGUGGUGACUGUGCUGCAUUGAUCAAGUCACUAGGAUCACUUCCGGAAGAAUGGACCAAAAACUACAUUGCUGAAGUCGUUCUGGGCCUAGAGUAUUUGCAUCAACGUGGUGUCGUUCAUCGUGAUCUAAAGCCUGAUAAUUUACUCAUUGAUCAGCACGGUCAUCUGAAACUGACUGACUUUGGCUUAAGUAGAAUCGGUCUUCUUGGUCGGCAAACCCGCGAGAGUCAACCUGAUCGUCUAUAUACGAGAUAUAACUCUCGUUCUCGUCCACCUUCCAUGGAUUCUGCAUACUUGUCAUCUCCGUUAGUAUACGCCGAACCCGGAGGUUCGUAUUUUACGCAACGGGCCCAAUCGAUUUCCCGUGUAGGAACUUCGCCUUAUCUGCCUCCCACAGAUGAUGUCAGCGAAUCAAGCGGAUCGGAAUCUCUAAGCGGAUUUUUACCUCGUCGCAGCGUGAAGAGUGAUAGUCCCCUGCAAUCCUUCGCCACUGAGCUCACGACCGAUCUGCGUUCGCAUUCUAAUUCCAAUUCUACCGGCGGGACACCCCCGGGGGAACAGAAAUUCGUUGGUACACCGGACUAUCUUGCCCCUGAGACAAUUCUAGGUUUGCGUGUUGACGACGCAGCGGUCGAUUGGUGGGCUCUCGGAGUAAUCACGUACGAGUUUUUAUAUGGUAUUCCUCCAUUUCAUGCAGAGACACCCGAGAAGGUGUUUGAAAACAUUCUCUCCGGACACAUCGAGUGGCAUGAGGAGUACGUGGACUUCUCUGAAGAAGCUCAUGACUUUAUGGCCCGGUUAAUGAUCCUAGAUCCCUCCGUUCGUCUCGGUGCGCAAGGUGCCGACGAGGUCAAAGCUCACCUAUUCUUCGAGGGCAUCAUCUGGGACAAGGUAACGACUACUGAAGCGGCAUUCAUUCCUCAGGUUACCGAUCCUGAGUCAACGGAUUACUUUGACCCUCGUGGCGCUAUCCCUCAGCUAUUUCACGAUGACGACCAGGUUGCUAUUGCCGGUCAGUCUGCCUUGAACAGCCCGGUCGUCGAUCCUUCAAUGCCUCCUCCCCCUGUCCCCAUUCCUGUCGGCAACCGUGAUCCCAUUCUUUCAUCCGCGAGCGAUGACUUUGGGUCUUUCAGCUUCAAGAAUCUACCAAUCCUCAAACAAGCCAACGACGAUGUUAUACGGAAGCUCAAGACUGAUCAAAUGGCUCCUCUUGCUCAUGCAGUUUCAGAAACCUCAGGCCUUCAUAACCGGCGGCGCAGUGUUUCUCACAGAAUCAAGAAACCGCCAAGCGUCGUGACAACGGUGGAUCCCAAGGCCACAGUAACCAAUCCACCAUCUCCUGCCACCUCGACUUCGUCCAUAGCAUCUUCACCUUCCCGGUCUUCUCUACCAACUUCAGCGCCGGCGAGCGCGGGCCAUGCCCGCAAACCGUCUGAGUAUGGACCCGUCGACCGCUUCAAACUCAAUCAUAUGGAUGGCCUGGAUCGACGAAAUUCUAUGCCUAGCAGGUUACGCACUGCAUCGGUUUCCAGUGGGGGUGAUGGUUCGGGAUCCGAAACUUGGAAUUCCUCGAUGGGGCCCGGAUCAGUGGGCACACCUCCCUCAUCCGUUCAUUCUAUUGACUUGCGAAAGGGUCCUGAUCCCAGCGAUCGUGCAGUGACCUGUUUGCUUGCGGAAGACAACCCCAUCACAGCCAAAAUCAUCGAGACAAUUUUGAUUCGGUUGGGUUGUCGUUGUGUUGUCGUUGCCGAUGGUUCUGAAGCUAUCAGCGUCGCUAUGGGGGAUAUCAAGUUUGACUGUAUCCUAAUGGAUCUGCAUAUGCCAGUUUUGGAUGGAGAAGGCGCCGCGCGGUACAUCAGAAGUACCAACAGCAAAAAUACCAGCACGCCGAUUAUUGCUGUUAGCGCCUACAGUGGUUCGGACCCAAGUGAUGCCACGCAUAACCUAUUCUCUGGUUUCUUGUCAAAACCAUUGCAAAAAGCUGAUUUAUUAUCCGUCAUGCGCCAACUGGGCUUUAAAACGACCACCAUUCCUGGCGGGCUCGGCGCCACAAAAGUCACUGCAUCUCACAUAAUUUCAUGACCACGACAUAGUCCACGUUCCUUUUUUUUUGCUGCUUCCGUUUGUCCUCUGCGGUUUCGUCCACAGCCAUGCCAAAUCAUCCUUUUUUUU